AUGGAGCUUAGUGGAUUCGGAUUGGCGAUAACGAGCGAUAAGACUGACGUGACAGACGCGUCGGAUUUCUACUACGUCCAAUCGUCGCCUUUAUGGCCAUCCGGCAUCCCCACGCCCGACCGCAAAGAUGCACAUGCAGCCCAUGGCGUACUAUCACCACCUGUCUCCCGAGAUCGAAUACCCCUAAUACCCAUCGAAGAUGUCGACGAUGAUCCCUUCCUUAGUUCGCCCGAGACUAGUCCUCGACGCCAGUCCCUGAAGCAAACCCCGUCCCGAGACAAGCGGAAACGAGAGGCCCACCCCCAGACGAUUUCGCCCUCGAAAGUAGUUGUGGUUUCAUCUGCUUCGAGUAACGAGGGCCUGCCUCCGACGAAGCGGCCCAAAGAAGCCAUCUAUAUUGAUUACAAUGAGCUGGAGCGGGUGAAGAACGACCCAGACUGGCUCCAGAAACGGUCUGGCGAGUUCAUGGCUGACGGUGACGAUGCCGGCCCAAGCGAACAACCACCCACCGCAAACCCAAUCUCCCAUUCCAUUGACGAGACAAACGAAGAGACUCCCACAACUGGGCAACCAAACCCAAACGCUGAGACACCUCCGAGCGAAGACCCUACCCUCUGUCCAGAGCAACAGAAGGUGGUUGAUCUGAUCCUCAGCGGCCGCAAUGUCUUCUACACUGGAUCUGCGGGCUGCGGCAAAUCAACCGUCCUGAAAGCAGCCGUCAAGAAGCUCCGAGAAGAAACAGAGGGGAAGAUGGGAAAGAACGUGUGUAUUCUUGCACCUACGGGGAGAGCAGCACUCCAGGUAGACGGGAUGACCACAUGGUCCUACAUGGGAUGGACGCCCUCUGAUCACCAACUGGACCUGGACACGCUCAUUCAAAGGACUUUUCGGAAGCACGUGCGGAAACGGUUGCGCCGGACCGACGUUCUCAUCAUCGACGAGAUCAGCAUGGUAGAGAAUCACCAUUUGCAGCGCAUGGACGUCUGUCUGCGGGCAGCCAGGGAGUACGGACAGAAGGUAACUCACCCCUUUGGGGGGUUGCAAGUCAUUUUGACUGGCGACUUCUGCCAGCUUCCCCCGGUCAAGCCUUUCGAGUAUUGCAUGUUCUGCGGCUUAAAAACCACGUUGAACGCUUGGAAGACGCAGUAUGGAUGUCCCAAUAAGCAUGGUCCAUUCAAGGAAACGGACAAAUGGGCGUUUCAAAGUCAAGCCUGGAAGGAUGCCAACUUGGAACACGUUCAUCUGAACGAGAUUCAUCGCCAACACGACGAAGAGUUCAUCAAGAUCCUACAGAAAUGCCGGCGCGGCGAGGCUUUUAACUCAAAAGAGGUGAAGCGCCUCGUGGAUCACGAGUGCAAAGUUGCCAAUGCCACACGCAUCCUCUGCACCAGGGAGGAGGUGAAUGGAUUCAACAGGGCCGAGUUUGAAAAGCUAAAGACGGAGGUGCACCAGUUCACGGCGGUGGACGGCUUUAGGUGGAGACGCGACAGGCACCCAUACCUUGAGAAAUUGGCUAAUAAGGAUGGCACACGAACAGCUCUUCGUGAGCACCGAAUCGAUCCAUGGGUUGAUCUCCGCGUGGGAAUGGUCGUCGUGCUGCAAGUCAACCUUAACCUCUCCGACGGGCUCUGUAAUGGCAGCCAAGGCUUGAUCUGUGGCUGGGAGGACGUGGACCCAAAGAAUCUCCCAUAUGCCUACCGGCAAGGUUCAAAUGAGUUGGGGCCAAUAGCCAUUACUGGAGACUACGCAGAUCUAAAGGAGGAACAAAUCAGAAAGUUUUCACAGCAGACGCACGUCAAACAGUGGCCGAAAGUGAUUUUCCACAAUGGCCUAAGAAGGACUAUCUAUCCCUCGUGCUUUGUCACCACGAUGGGCGAAGGAAAAGCCCCUGAAGACUUCUCUGUCCUUCACAGGACUCAGAUCCCUCUCGUCGCCGGAUGGGCCAUGACCGUGCACAAGAGUCAGGGCAUGACCUUGAACCGUGUCAUUGUCGAUGUGUCGAGGGCUUUUGAAGACGGUCAGGUGUAUGUGGCCCUCUCUCGGGCAACCAAUCUAGAGGGUCUCCGAAUCGAUGGCGAUGCCAAUGCCCUGUUACUCAAAGUGGAGUGCAAUGCCGAGGUGAUGACAUUUCUACGCGAGAAGUUCGAAUCAUUAAAGCUGCCAAAGCACUAUUGA